AUGAAGUUGUUGUAUUUUGUAUUAUUAGUUGUCCUUGUAUCUGCAAAUCCAAAAGUCAAUGCAACAGAAAAAAAACAAUCUUCUAUUGACAAGUUGAUUAACGAUGCUACAAACACUUCAAAACCUAUUCCUGUUGUUGAAGCCGAUCCAUUAAAUACAAACGAAACACAAAAACUAAUCAAAGAACUUGCUGAUGCAGAAGUUACACGAAAUGCUUUAAAAGAACAAACAAAAAAAGCACGAAAGGCAUUAUUACAACAAACCGAAGAACUUGCCAAGGAGCAUAAAAUUCGAAUGAAAAAAAUCAAAGCACAAUCACAAGACUUUGAGAAAAGAGAACACUUAAGAGAACAAGUCGAAGAGGCAAAAUUAGCAUUGUUACGUGCCAAUGGAAGUUUUGUAGAAACUCAAAACGAUGUUGCUGCAUUAAAAAAUUAUACAGAAGAAGAAAUGAAACGAAUAGAAUAUCAAAGAAAAAUUCAAUUACGUGAUAAGAUUGAUGCAGAAAGACGAAGGGUUCAAAUAGAAAAAUUAAAGAAAGCACUUAAUAAAAAACGAAAAGAAAUGGAAAAGAAAAUAAAAGCACAACAUGAAAAGGAAGAUAAAGCUUUUAAAAUUGCUCAUCAACGAUUAUUAGAAAAAUUUGAUAAAGAAAGAAAGUUAAGAAAAGAUGCGUUAAUGAAAAAAGAAAUGGAAUUAAGAAAGAUGAGAGCAUUAGAAUUUGAAAAAUUUAGAACAGAAGUUGAAAUGGAAAGAAAGAUGAAACGAUUAACUAUUGAAGAAACACAAAAACAAUUAUUAAAUCUCAGAAAAGCAGAAGAAAUUAAAAGAGAAAUUGUAAGAGAAGGAAUUAGAUAUAAAAAAUUAUUAGAACAACAAAAAAUGAAAAAGGCAGAAGAAAAAGCUAAAAUGAUUGAAGAUCUUAAAGACAAAGCUGUUAAUUUAAUGCUUCAAAAAGAAGAUUUGAAAAGAAAGAGAAAGAUUGAAGCCACUGAAUUAAUGAAUGAAGUAGCAAAUGCUAAAAAAGAAAUAGAAACAAAUAUCAAAAUCACAAAAAAAGGAAUUCAGUCACGAAGAGAAAGAAAAGCAGCAAUAAGAACAGCUACAAUUCGAUCAGAAAGAACAAAAAUGAGGUAUUUAAAAAUUAAAGCAUUAAAAGAUAUUUUAAGUAAAAAACUUGCAGCAGAAGAAAGAAUUUAUAAAAAGAAAUUAGAAGAACAAAAGAAGAUUAAGUCAUUAGAAUGUAAAGCAAGAGGUCUUGUUAAAAGAUUAAGUAAAAUUGCAAAAGAGUAUAAUAAAAGAAGUAUUGAAGUUAUCAAAAAAGUUAAAGCAGAAAAGAAAGCAUUAUUAAUUAGAAAGAUGUUACUUGAAAAAGCUGAUGAAAUUAAUGAAAAACGAAGUUUAAUUAAUCAAUUUAAAUUAAAGAUACGACAAUUAGAAGAACAAGAAUUAAAACAUCAAAUGCAAUUAAGUGGAGUUGAAAAAGAUAUUUUAAAUCAAAGGACAUUAGCUAAAAUUAUUAGAAUGAAAACUAUGAGAGAAAGAAUGAGACGAAAGAGAAUUCUUGCAUUAAAAAAGAAUUUAAAAAAAAUGUAUCUGGAAAGAAGAGAUAUGUUAUGGAAGAAAAGAUGUAUUAGAUUUAGAAAAACAGCUAAUAUGAAACAAAAUGAAGAAUUAAGAAAAAGAAAAAUAGCACGUAUUAUUUGUGGAAAGAAGUAUUGGAAAAAACAAGCUCCAAAAAAAUGUUAUGAUUUUAUUGGAGGAAAAUAUCACGACUUAAUUCAUAAACCAGGUAAAAAUAUAUUCAGAUGUCCAUUUGAAAAACAUCAUGGAAUUACUAAAUGUGAUACAAUUGAAUUACCUUAA